AUGGAAAUCUCUACUCUCGCCACGUACCACUGCCUUGCUUUUGUCUGGUACUUUUUCGUUGCCUAUUCCAUCACACACGUAAAAACAGAGGAGCGGCCAUCUGAAGUGUUCCUUUACGGUGGGCAGUGGAAAUAUUUGACAGUCCUCAAUCUGGUUUUGCAGGCUGUCUUCUAUGGGGUGUCCUUCCUGGCUGAUGUGUUGAGACUAAUUAAGAAACUGCGAUGUGCUAAGUGCAUAAUUUCCAGCAGAGACCUUCUUUUCAGUGUCCUGGCUUUCCCAGUGUCCACAUUUGUGUGUAUAUCCUUUUGGACACUGUAUACCUACAACCGAGAGCUGGUUUACCCCAAAAGCCUUGAUGGAGUCAUCCCGCUCUGGUUAAAUCAUGCUAUGCACACGGCUGUAUUGCCAUUUGCUCUCCUGGAAAUCCUUGCCUUGCCGCAUCGUUACCCAGCAAAGAAGAAGGGAUUGAUCCUACUGGGAUUUGUUGCUUUUCUGUAUAUCAGUUGGGUCCUGUGGAUUUAUUCUGUAACAGGAGAGUGGGUGUAUCCUCUCUUUGCUUUGUUCAACCCCCUUGGACUAGCAGCCUUUUUUGCCGGCAGCCUUGCCAUCAUUGUCGCCUUCUACAACUUCGGAGAGUUCCUCAACCGUAUGAUAUGGGGAGAUUCAAUAGUAAUACUGGACCACAAGUGGAAAGGCAAGUGAAUCCUCCUCUUGAAGCCAAACAAUGCC